GAUCAUCGACUUGAUCCAAGAUUUUCCCGCUAAAGCAACAUAAAUGUGCGAGAAUAUUUGUAGAUAUUUGAUUCUUGAAGAUUUGAAUCAAACACCCUAACCUCAGCUCACCUUUUGCCCCGCGCCCCAAUUUAGCAACCGCGCGCGCGACAGAGUGCCAAACUCAAGUUUUCUUCCCGCUAAAAAUUUAACCCUUAUCAACAUCUCCCACCCGUUUCUUCCAGCGUGUUCGAAGCCUCGCCCGCCUGCACGCCAUUUUCCUUUCCCUCCAAACACAAUGCCCGCCAUCGCCAAACGUAGCCUCGAACUCAACAAAGACAUCAUGGCCACCCGAUCGGAGAGUACGCCCGAUGCCGUCCCAUCCGCCGGCGGUUCCACGCCUCCGAGGCGGAGGCUCAGAUCCAACUCGUCGCCGAUGAAGCCGAGUCCGAUCUCCAAGCCCAUGAAAUUGGGUUCGCCUCGAAAGCGGCUCAGUACUUGCGAUAACACUCAGGCAAAUGGAAUUGAGAAGUAUUUCACCCAAAAGAAGGUCCAGACUUUGUGCAAAUCAGUCGAAAAAUCAUUUGAGAAACCAAAAUGGAACCUGAAAGAUGGCAAGCAAAUCAGUGAGGUGAAGGAGGCAUUGCAUGUUUCAAGCGUGCCAUCAACUGUUUCAUGCCGGGAAGACGAGCUGAAAAGGGUUUUGGAGUUCUUGAAACAAUGCAUAGUGCAAGAGAAGGCUGGGAGUUUGUACGUCUGUGGGUGUCCGGGGACCGGAAAAUCGCUGUCCAUUGAGAAAGUGAAGCAGGCUUUGGUUGAUUGGGCAGGAGAGGCUGGGUUUGAGGAACCGGAUGUGUUGGCUUUGAAUUGUUCUUCUCUAACAAAGACUUCUGAUAUUUUCGCUAAGAUACUUGGUAAAGACCAAACGCCAAAGGAAGUUAAAAGCAAAACCUCAUCCCUGCAGCUUCUCCAAAAUUUGUACUCUCAAAAGCCUUUGUAUUCUAGAAGGAAGAUGACGCUGGUAAUAGCUGAUGAGUUGGACUUCUUAAUUACUAAAGACCGGGUGGUGCUUCAUGAUCUUUUUAUGCUCACAACGUACCAAUUCUCGAGAUGCAUACUCAUAGGAGUGGCAAAUGCCAUAGACCUGGCCGGUCGUUUUCUUCCAAGACUUCAGUCAUUAAAUUGCAAACCUAUGGUUAUUACUUUUCGGGCAUACUCUUAUGACCAGAUUCUCAGGAUUCUUCAACAGAGGUUAAUUACACUACCUUACACCGUCUUUCAACCACCAGCAUUAGAACUUUGUGCAAGAAAAGUUGCUGCCGCAUCUGGAGAUAUGAGGAAAGCUCUUUGUAUUUGCAGGAGUGCCAUUGAGAUUCUGGAAGCAGAGGUGAAAGAAUCUGCUGAGAACUUGAAUUCAUCAUCAGUAGUGGAUGCAUUCUUUGAGCAGCAGACGGCAACUGCUCCAGCUCCUGUUGUGAAAAAACAGGAGACUGAUGUUGUGACAAUUGGUCAUAUGGCUUCUGCUUUGUCAAAGACAUUCAAAUCACCAGUAGUGGAUACCAUACAAAGUCUUCCGCAACAUCAACAGAUUAUACUUUGCUCUGCCGUGAGGCUUUUCCGUGGGAAAAAGAAGGAUUCAACUGUAGCACAGCUAAAUAAAUCUUAUAUAGACAUCUGCAAAUCAACAUUAAUUCCACCAGUCGGAAUUUUUGAAUUUUCAAGUAUGUGCAGAGUGCUAAAUGACCAGGGCCUCCUGAAGUUGGGUGGUCAAUCUCGAGACGAAAAACUUAAAAGAGUGACAACGAAUGCAGCAGACGAAGCAGACAUCACUUUUGCACUACAGGGAAUUCGUUUCUUUCGGAACUGUCUUCAGUAGUUGUAUUCAAAGAAUAUGCACUCCAGAUUCUUCUUAUGCUUGAUACCGGCGGCUCCCAUUUCCCACCUGCUUCAAAAUUCAAAUACAAGGUCCGAAACCUUACCUUUUACAGUUUUCUCGAAAUUCAUUGCCUUGAUUACGAAUUGUGCAUCUCAUAUUUUGAACUGCAUGAGAGUGAGCCUUGGCGUAACUGAAAGGUUGCUCCUUUGUGACCGAAAGGUCACCGGUUCGAGUUAUAUAAUAGCCUCUUUGCAAAGCAAAGGUAAGGCUGCGUACGAUUGACGUUUCCUUUGACCCUCGUAAAGUAGGGAAACUUGUUGGCUUGGGGUCGUUUUUUAUAUUUUGAACUGAAUGCUUCAACCAUACAAAUGAAGACGUUGACAUAGGGUUAGCAACAAUGCUGGUAAAAAGAUUUUCAUUGCAUAGUUGAAAUAAAAUCUAUGUCCAGUGAAAACUUUCCUGCAGAUAAUGUGCCUUGGAAGCCAAGUUUUCACCAUUUACUCAUCAAUAUUUAUCUUGCCAGUUU